AUGCCGCUACUCAGGCAUAUCAAGUCACAGGGCUACGAAGGCACGGGCACAGCGAAGCAGAAUCGUGUUCCCAAAGAAAAAAAAAAUCGUGUCAGAGCAUUUAAAUUGUCCCGACGGAAUUUACAUAAUAAUAUAACCUUACAUAUUCUAAAUUAUUUUUUACAGCUCCGUGCUUGCGUCAUCCUUGCCCUGGCCUCCAGCGCCCUUGCUGGAAUCCUUCACGGUAGUGGCUACAGCCUCGGCAGUGGUGUCGGCCUCGGCAGCGGUGUUGGCCUCGGCAGUGGUGUUGGCCUCACUAGCUAUGGUCUUAGCCACGGAAUUGGCUACUCCGGCCUAACUGGCUUCGGUGUCGGCCACGGCCUUGCCUACGGACCAGCCGCCAGCUACGCCGUAGCUGCUCCAGCUGUUGCUCGUACCGUCUCCACUUAUCAUGCUGCUCCAGCUGUGACCACUGUUCACGCUGCUCCAGCUGUCGCUACAUACGCCGCUGCCCCAGUCGCCACCGUGGCCGCUGCUCCUGCCGUGUCUCGCGUGACCACCUACCAGUCCGCUCCAGUUGUGGCCGCUGCCCCAGCUGUCUCUACCACUUACCACGCUGCUCCAGCGGUCGCUACCUACGCCGCUGCUCCAGCCGUGUCCCGCGUCACCACCUACCAGUCUGCCCCAGCUGUCACCACCUACCAGUCUGCCCCAGCUGUCGCUACCUACGCUGCUCCAACUGUCUCCCGCGUGACCUACCAGGCCGCCCCAGCUGUUACUAAGGUUUACCAGAGCGCCCCAGUCGUCGCAGCUGCCCCAGCCGUCUCCCACGUCACCACCUACCAGUCUGCCCCAGCUGUCACCACCUACCAGUCAGCCCCAGCUGUCGCUACCUACGCUGUUCCAGCUGUCUCCCGCGUGACUUACCAGGCCGCCCCAGCUGUGACUAAGGUUUACCAGAGCGCCCCAGUCGUCGCUGCUGCCCCAGCCGUGUCCCGCGUCACCACCUACCAGUCUGCCCCAGCUGUCGCCACCUACCAGUCUGCCCCAGCUGUCACCAAGGUCUUCCAGUCGGCCCCAGCUGUCGCCACCGUCGCUGCCGCUCCAGCUGUGUCCCACGUGACCACCUACCAGUCUGCCCCAGCUGUGGCCACAGUCGCUCACGCUGCCCCAGUAGCCACCUACGCCGCUGCCCCAGUCACCAGCUACGCCGCUGCCCCAGCUGUCGCUACCGUUCACGCCGCCCCCGCUGUUGCCACCACCACCGUCCACCACGCCCCAGCUGUGGCCACUGUCUCCCAUGCUGCCCCAGCCUUCGCUGCCUACCAGGCGGCCCCAGUCUACGGCUACGGUGUUGGAAGCCUCGGCUAUGGCGCUGGCCACUACGGCCUUGGCCACGGCUUCGGUGUCUACGGCCUGAACUACGGCUACGGCCUUGGCACUCCCUUCGACUACAACACCCUCCUCCGCAGGAAGAAGUAAAUUAUUCUUUGAAACAGAAGACAUGGUACGCUGAAGAGGAAAAGAACAGUUUGUUGAGCUUAAGCUCAGUUGUCCAUAUUGUUAAAUACUGUUGCAAAAUAAAUGUUUCCUGUUGUAC